AUGGCAAAGAGAGAAUUGCGAGUGUACAUGGACAACAAACUACUCACUCACAAUAAGCAUCCAAAAUAUCUCGGAGUUACUCUGGACAAGACGCUUACAUUUAAAGAACACUUGACAAGAAUGAUGGCAAAGUUGAGAACACGUAACAACAUACUUCAAAAAUUAUGUGGCACAACUUGGGGCUCAUCAGCAUCCACCCUGAGAUCCUCUGCGCUGGGUUUGGUGUAUCCUGUAGCAGAAUACUGUGCUCCAGUGUGGCUUAAUAGCAAACACACCCGUAUGGUCGAUACUCAAUUAAACCAAACUAUGCGCAUUAUAUCAGGGACAAUUCGACCAACACCUACAAUAUGGCUGCCCACACUUAGCAACAUAGCUCCUUCCAAUUUGCGCCGAGCACAUGCCUUGGUCAGAGAGUUUAAUAAAAUAAUGAAUAACCCUCAGCUGCAGGUCCAUGAUGACGUUCCACACAUCCAGGGAAAUCGACUACGAUCAAGACACCCCCCAUUGAAGACUGCAUAUGAGCUGCACCAAAAUGAUUUUGAUAUAAAUGAGCGAUGGAGAGAGAAAUGGGAAAAUGAGGCAGCUCCAAUGUACCAUGGUCUACCGUACGUUAUUAAUGAACCUGCAGGAUUCGACCUUCCCAGUGGAACAUGGACAACUCUUAACCGCACCAGACUGUGGAGCUGA